AUGGGAAGCCUUGCGAAGGCGUACUGUCACCAGAUGCACCACAGCAUCCCCUUUCACCAUUACAGACCUUCAAACCUUCAAAACCCCAUCUCUCUGUUCGCCAUCACAUCUCCUUCAGACCCAUACCCUCAGAGCCCUGACAACCAACAGCAAACCCAAUUCAGCGGCGGCCGCUUCAUCAUCCCCACCGUCGCGGUCGCUGCCUCCGCCUGGUUCUUCCUGCGCCUCCACCAGAGCCCUCCAAUCGUCACCGCUCCUCCUUUGCAGCAGCUCGAAUUGGUGGAGGAAGGUGCAAUCACAGAGCUCCCUUUGCAGCACAAGCCGGGUCAUGUAAAAGCUCUUCACUUUUACAAAAUCGAGCCAGGCACUGUCUUGAAACUGAUUGACGUGUACGACUCGGAUAACUACGAGUCGUUGAAAGCCCGGAUUCGUCUGUCGGCCGAGUGGCUAGAAACGGCGAGGAGGGAACUGAAGGAGAGAGACCCGGGUCGGGUCAUGGAGUAUUCGCAGGUGGUUGAUGAGCUCAUGGAGAUUCUGAGGGAUAUGGAGGUUUACGUUGACAAAUGCGAGAGGGAGAAAGUUAAGGGUUACCUGAGAUCCUGCAAUCGCUUGCUUGCUCGUGUGAGGAGAAUGGAAGCUCAGAUUCUGAAUGCCCUCAAAGACGAUGAACAAGGAGGAGAGACUUAG